AUGUAGAAAACAUAAUUGAUGAAUUUUUUGUAAAAUGGAUCAAAUUAUUAUCCUUUUGGCGAUAAGCCUGAUAAUAGUAACUCACCUGAGGGAAAGUUUAAGCCAUACAUUUGUGAAAGAAAUUAAGUCGGAAAACUUGUUAACACCGAAAGUUAUACCUUAGCAUCAAAUAGAAAAAAUAAAAAACUAAGAACCAGUGAGUAAAUAAAUCAAUAUGAAGUCAAUGAAUUAAUAACAUAUAAAUUUCGUACUGAAUUAGAAUCUCCUAAAUAUGACCCAAACACAAAAUAUGUCACUUUAUUACCAACCAGCUUUAAGACUGAAGAUUUUUAAAAGCCAUUAGAUAUAAAAUCCUAUACUCUUAAUCAUAAUUAAGUAGAAAGAGGUCAAUAAAUGAAAAAGCAGUUGAAAGGGCUAAAUCAUAAACAUUAAUUAAUUAGUAGAAGUACAAAAAAUUUGACUUCUUAGAUUCCAGCAAUAGGAAUUUAUGAUCCCUUACCUUUAAAUAAGCAUUUACCAAAUAUUUAGAUUAAAUCUAAAUCAAUUUAGAAAUUGCCAGAAGUUUGGGAAAGGCCCGAUUCAGUCGCAACUCCAAAAUAAAGUUAAAAAAAUUGCGUUUCAGAAAUGAUGUUUGCAAAAUAAAUUGCUCAAAUAAAUAGAGAAGUAGAACAAGAAAUGAAAAGAAAUCCUAAUCAAAAAUUUGCAGUCUAGCAAUUCGAUAUAAGUGAAAAUAUGAAUUUGGAAGAAGCUGAACAUAUGAGAAAUAGAAUGAAAUUAUAUUUUCAAAGUGUUAAAGACAGCUUGACAAAAAUAAAAAAUUUAAUUAAUGUGAAAAGAUGA